UGCGAUUGGCUCGCUGGGAGGCGGGACCUGGGCGGGGCGUCAGAGGCGGUGUCAGGGGAGGCGCUGGCUCCAGAGAUGGCAGUGAGCGAGAGGAGGGGGCUCGCCCGCGGGAGCCCCUCGGAUUGGGGCCGGCGGCUCGUCCUGCUGCUGCUCUGGGGCUGCUGCUCGGGACGCAUCCAUCGGCUGGCGUUGACGGGCGAGAAGCGAGCAGACAUCCAACUGAACAGCUUUGGUUUCUAUACCAAUGGGUCCCUGGAGGUGGACCUGAGCCUUCUGCGGCUGGGCAUCCCGGAGAAGGAAGAGAAGAUCCCAAAGGUGGGGUUCAGCCUGACCCGGGUUCGAUCUGGCAGCAUUCGAACCUACUCCAACCCAGACCCCCUCGACUGUCCUCUUCAGAAAAAUAGCAGCAGCUUCCUGGUCCUUUUCCUAAUCGACAGGAAGGAGCAUCGAGUCCAAGUACGAAAGUAUGGGGAGCAGAAGAAACUGUUCAUUUUUCCUGGACUCCUACCGGAAACGCCCCCUGAACCAGAGCUCCCAAAACCAACAGCACAUCUGGCUGUGGAAACUUCCAAGGUGGAGGGCGCUCCAGAGAGCAAAGCCGAGGUGCCAGCCAAAGUGAAUUUAAAGCCCACGAUGCCUGCAGGGAGACAGCAGACCCCCAGCAGGGAGGAUACAGAGCAGGUGCUGGACCUGAGCCAUCAAAAUAACACCUACAACUUCAGCUUCCAUGUGGUGAUCGGCGCCAGCUCUGAGGAGGGCCAGUACAAUCUCAACUUCCACAAUUGCCACAACCUGGACCCCAACAAGGGUCAGCCCUUUGACAUCACAGUCAUGAUCCGGGAGAAGAAUCCCAAUGGCUUCCUGUCUGCCUCGGAGAUGCCGCUCUUCAGCCUCUACAUGGUCAUGGCCGCCUGCUUCCUGGCCGCGGGCAUCUUCUGGGUGUCCGUCCUCUGCCGGAACACGUACAAUGUCUACAAGAUCCACUGGCUCAUGGCGGCCCUGGCCUUCACCAAAAGCAUCUCCUUGCUGUUCCAUAGUAUCAACUACUACUUCAUCAACACCCAGGGCCGCCCCAUUGAGGGCCUCGCUGUCAUGCAUUACAUCACGCACCUGCUGAAGGGGGCCCUCCUCUUCAUCACCAUCGCACUCAUCGGCUCCGGCUGGGCCUUCGUCAAGUACGUGCUGUCCGACAAGGAGAAAAAGAUCUUCGGCAUCGUGAUUCCGCUGCAGGUCCUGGCCAAUGUCGCCUACAUUGUCAUUGAGUCCCGUGAGGAGGGGACCAGUGACUACAUGCUCUGGAAGGAGAUUCUCUUUCUGGUGGACCUCAUCUGCUGCGGGACCAUCCUCUUCCCGGUGGUCUGGUCCAUUCGGCAUCUCCAGGACGCCUCAGGCACUGAUGGGAAAGUGGCAGUGAACCUGGCCAAGCUGAAACUGUUCCGGCAUUACUAUAUCAUGGUCAUCUGCUACGUCUACUUCACGAGGAUCAUCGCCAUCCUGCUCAGGGUGGCAGUGCCCUUCCAGUGGCAGUGGCUGCACCAGUUCUUGGUGGAGGCCUCCACACUCGCUUUCUUCGUGCUCACCGGCUACAAGUUCCAGCCAGCAGGGGACAACCCCUACCUGCAGCUGCCCCAGGAGGAUGAGGAGGAUGUGCAGAUGGAGCAAGUAAUGACGGAUUCUGGAUUCCGGGAAGGCCUGUCCAAAGUCAACCAGACCUCGAGUGGGCGAUAGCUGUUGUGAUCACCACUAGCCACCACGGUCGGACUUGACCUCCUAGCACCUCUCUAUACACGUCCCUGCUCUUCUCAAAGCAUGAGUAAAGAUGAGAGCCAUAGCCCUGUGCCCACACAGGGGCCCCCACACGAGUCUCCAGAGCCCCUUAAGACAGACAGGAACACCCUCCUUUGCCCCCCAAAGACCCCAUCGCCCAGUCCGGCGACUCCCCCAUACUCCCCAUCGCCCAGCUAUACGAUAAUGACAGAUCUUUUUGCUA